ACAGAGACGUACCAGAGUAAAGCUGUGUCACAGUCAGAGCGGUCCGGGUCAAUAAGUGGGUGAAAGGUCCGCUGCUCACAAACACACCUCUCAGAGCUGCAGCAGACCAGAGCAGAAAAAGUCAAAAUGUCUAAACAACCGCAGCCGAUCAGUCCGCUGAAGAACUUCGUAGCUGGAGGGUUUGGAGGAGUCUGCCUCGUCUUCGCCGGACAUCCACUCGACACCAUUAAAGUGCGUUUACAGACUCAGUCCAAACCCAAACCUGGAGAGACCCCCAUGUACACCGGAACCAUUGAUUGUUGCAAAAAGACCUUAGCCCAAGAGGGUUUAAAAGGACUCUAUAAAGGCAUGGCGGCCCCGAUCAUCGGGGUCACACCCAUGUUUGCGGUUUGUUUCUUUGGAUUCGGGCUGGGCAAGAAGCUACAACAGAAACACCCCCAUGAUAUCCUUACGUAUCCACAGCUGUUUGCUGCUGGUAUGCUGUCCGGUGUGUUCACCACCGCCAUCAUGACUCCUGGAGAGCGCAUCAAAUGCCUCCUACAGAUCCAGGCAUCAUCUGGGCAGGUGAAGUAUGCGGGGCCCAUGGACUGUGUCAAACAGCUGUACAAAGAGUCUGGGAUCAGAGGAAUCUACAAAGGCACCGCCCUGACUCUCAUGAGAGAUGUGCCAGCAAGUGGGAUGUACUUCAUGUCCUACGAGUGGUUGAAGAACCUCCUCACACCAGCAGGAAAGAGCCAUAACGAACUCAGCGUUCCCAGUGUCCUGUUUGCCGGAGGGAUGGCUGGAAUCUUUAACUGGGCGGUCGCAAUUCCACCCGACGUACUCAAGUCUCGUUUCCAAACAGCUCCUGAAGGAAAGUAUCCCAACGGAUUUCGGGACGUUCUGCGUGAGCUGAUCAGAGAGGAGGGUGUUGCCUCUCUGUAUAAGGGCUUCACUGCUGUCAUGCUUAGAGCUUUCCCUGCUAAUGCAGCUUGCUUCUUAGGAUUUGAGUUGGCGAUGAAGUUUCUGAACUGGGCAGCACCGAACCUGUGAUCAAGGCUCAGUGUCGCCUCAUGUGUGAAUCCCAGGAACAGAACUCUGAAACACAACAGCGGAGCCAUUAGCAGUGCACACGCACGCACACACACGCACACACACACAGUCACACAAUAUGAAGAGAUUUCAACAAUUUUCCAGUAAUGUACUUGAUUACCUUUGAAAACCUUGUGGUACUACGGAUCAUGUGGAUCAUUCAGACCUGCUGAGGGUCCAGAGCAGAGAUAUUAUGAUGACUCUGUACCAGUGCCAGUAAACAUACACACACACAAACACAAACACACACGCUGACAGUCGAAUGUUCUCACUCCUUUUGUUUAACUUGUUUUCUGCUUUUUUUUUUUAAUAUUAUUUUUUUUUUAAAUGAGAAAAGGAGUGAACUGAACAUGUCGUGCCUUACCUUUUUGUUAUCUGCGAGCAGGUGUACAUAUCAGGGAAAAGGUGCAUUUAGUUGUACUGUGUGUGUGUGUCCAGUCUCCCAGAAAUACACACUUUUCAAACUGUCUGCUUCCUGUACAGUCACAUCCCACCCGGUGGCCUCUGAUACUUCACUUUCUGUUUGUUUUGUUUGAGAUUAUGAGAGUAGUCAUGUCGAGAUUGAUUGAUCAGUAUGUGAAUGUCAGCAUGUAUAGAAAUAAAAUACAAGAAUCCAUAUUUAGAAAUGAGACUACUGUGUCCUUAAAUGUGUUUGUGCAGCUGUCUGACUUCCAGGAUAAACAGUUAAAACUC